UUCGUGUUUCCAAAGAGCCGGUGACACACGGAGGCUUUGGUCUGUGCGUCUGUUUAUACCGUGGAUCUACUCAGCUGUUUACAAAACAUUGAGGACGCGUGAGUUUUUAACGUGAGCUCACAUAUUCAACAAAGUUUCGGGGCUUUAUUUAUUAUUUCCUGGAACACAAAGACUCUGGAUGAAAGGAUCUGGACUGCUUUUCUGUUGCUCCUCCAACGCGGACUUUACACCGGAGAGGAGUCCCAUUAUCGGAAUUAAAUCUCUCUUUUAAGCCAGAAGACGAAGAAGACCCGUCCCUGACCUGUGGUGGAUACCUUUAGAGGAAUGCUGCUGUCGAAGCUGAAUUCUCUGGCCCACAUCUCCACCGUAGACAUGCCUGCGAAGAUCCAGCACCAAGUUCAUCAAGUGAAGGAGAGGGAGCCGUUAGAGAAGCUGUAUCAGGUUGGAGCCUUGCUGGGCAGCGGGGGCUUUGGCACAGUCUACUCUGGCACCAGGAUCUCUGACGGAGCUCCGGUUGCUGUGAAGCAUGUUGCCAAGGACAGAGUCUCCGAGUGGGGGGAGCUGCCUAAUGGCUCCAGGGUCCCCAUCGAGAUUGUGCUCCUGAAGAAGGUCAGCACAGGCUUCCGGGGUGUCAUCAAAAUGCUGGACUGGUUUGAGCGACCGGACAGCUUCAUCAUUGUGAUGGAGAGACCAGAAAACGUGAAAGACCUGUUUGACUUCAUCACAGAGAGAGGUGCCUUACCGGAGGAGCUUGCUCGGAGCUUCUUCCGCCAGGUGCUGGAGGCCGUGCGGCACUGCCACAACUGCGGGGUGGUGCACCGGGACAUCAAGGAUGAGAACAUCCUCAUUGACCUCCGCACCGGGGAGAUGAAGCUCAUAGACUUCGGGUCUGGAGCUCUGCUGAAGGACACCAUAUACACAGACUUUGAUGGCACAAGAGUGUACAGCCCUCCAGAGUGGAUCAAGUAUCAUCGGUAUAAUGGACGCUCUGCUACAGUUUGGUCCCUGGGUGUCCUGCUGUACGACAUGGUGUGUGGGGACAUCCCAUUUGAACAAGACGAGGAGAUCUUGAGAGCACAGGUCCUCUUCAGGAGAAGAAUCUCAGCAGAAUGCCAGCAGCUGAUCAAGUGGUGUCUGUCUCUGCGGCCGUCAGACCGUCCAUCCUUUGAGGACAUCAUCAACCACUCGUGGAUGCAAAGCACAUCCUCCUCUGUAGUCCCCUCCACGGUGCAGACGGAGAAGACCACCACAGAGAUCAGACUUCACAGCAUCGGCCACGAGCCAACAGCCUUCACACCCACUCCUGUCGCUGUGGCUCGGUGAUGGAUGCAAAAACAGCUCUGUCCGGGCUGAUCUGGUCUGAACUGGCCUGCACUGAGACUAUUACAAAAGACUUAUGUAACAGACUUGAAACAGAAAGGAGGGAGGGCUGACCUGCAGUCCUGUUGCUGAAGUGGGAAAGGUGAAAAGGACUGAAUGCAGAUGAAGCUGAAACAAAUCAUCACAACUUGGUUUCAACCUGCAAGGCUGGAACCUCUCCAACCUCCAAACCACAGCUACUUGAUUAUCCCAACACCGCGUCCGUCAGAACGUCAUCCUCAGUGGACUCUGAUGAAGACGAUGGGUGUUGACUAGUCUGCUGGAGGGCAUGGCUCUGAAGUCGCGGACACCUGCGACGAGCAAACACAGUACAUGUGCUUUCUAUUCUUCUGAAUGGGAAGUGGACACUGAGUUAUGUAACCUCAUGCUGUAACGCCGUACUCUGCUCUCCCUCUGUUUUCUCUCUGAGGGACGAGCAGAGGCGUCAGCAGAGAGGAUUUUAAAGAUGUGCCUUCUGUGAGAUUGUUGGGGAACCUGAGAAUACUUGAAUUUAUAAAAGCAGAAAGGCUCCACUUAAAGACGGCCUUUAUCUGCUCCUUACUCUGUACUCGGCUUUAUACUUUUGCUGUUUUUCCUCUCAUGGGCCUAGAUCAGUAAAGCCUAUGCCAUUUUACAACCACUACUAUCACUACUCCUCCAAUGUCAUUAGCAACCAGACAACCUCAGAGCUCUGGCAGCAACCUGUGCAAACAGAUCAUAAAAACACUGGACUUACCUCACUCUUUUACUACCACCUCUACGUACGCUACAACCUCCGCUUCCUCCUCUCCUCGUGUUGUGUACUGUACACAAACACGAGGCUUCGGCAACCGCUGGUUCACAUCUACAUGAACGCACACCACAAUGCAAACCUAACCAUACCGAAAUACGACAUCCUCUGCUCUUCGCCUCCAUUUUUUUUUUACGUUCAAACAGUGCCUCACACAGGUCUUAAAAUUUGACUGAGACGAGAAUUGUAAAUAAUAAUAAUAAUGAUAUUUAUUAUUGCUGUGAUUUCUUUCUCACACUCAUGGAGCACAGAAUUUAUUUAUUUAUUUAUGAGAGAAUUUCGGCUGUACUUAAUGUAUUUCAUUCCACAGUCACUGAAGGGCCCACAGAUUAUUUAAACAGAAAGACAAAGACGAGAUGAAUCUUAUGACCAUAUUUAUUAUGGCUUGAAAUUUUAAAACAGAGCAGAUGUGUGUGUCUAUGUUUGUGUAUGUCUUGUAAAUAUCAUGUAAAUAGACCUGAGAGCACUUCCAUGUUAAUGUAUGUAAACAUUGAACGUCUACUGAUGGUAACUGGUUUUGUUACACUGUCGUCUGCUGUGGGAGCAAGUGGAAUCUGAAUGUUGGAUGCAUGUGUGUGUGUGUGAGAGUGUGUGUGUGAAUGUAUUUGUGUGUGACAGAGAUGUGUGACUGAGAGAACUCUUCUGGUUUCAAUGAUUGCAGCUUGGAUUGUUGUUUUUUUCAUCCGUUCAAGUUAGAAUUGUAAAUUAUGUUAGAAACUAUUUUUAUACAAUUUCAAUAAAUAUUUUUGUAACUAUGA